GGUCAACAAGGCUUCCUUUGCUGAACGACCAAAGCCUUGUUGAUUCCAAUACCUGAUUAAAUCACACCAAAGUCCUGCUAUUUUCAGAACCCAUGUGGGAGACUCUUGCCUUGCUAUAUCAAUGGCCUCGUCCGUCUGUUCUCCUUCUCCCUCUUCUUCUCCCCCCCCUCUCCUCUUCUGAAUUUCCGUAUUUCCUUUCCGACCUUUCGACUUUUGUGAUCGCCAUGGAAGCCAAUUUUUUCCGACCUCUAUUUGCUGCUGCUGAACCGAACCAGCGCAGCACGCCACCCCCCGCCCCUGUCAACAACGACGUUGGUGGAUUGAUCUUGCCGCCUGGCGGAACUCAAGUCACGUUUCCGAGGCCCAACACGAUUAUUGGUAGGGUGAUCACAGAGCUGGUGAAAAAGCACCAGCAAUUUCCCAACUUCUUGGGCGAGAAUCCCGCUGCCGCUCCUGCUGUGCCGGAGCUUAUUCCUGGAACCGCCGGAGACGAGGUAGUAGAGUCCCACACUGCCUCAGCCGAGGUGCCUGCGGGAUCCCAGCCUGUUGAUCUCUCGGACGGAAGCCCUCAAGGACACGAAGUCAUAGACCACUCGAACCCCUUGGAGCCUCCGUUCUUGAAGACGAACAAGUCUGGCCGCAAGGCGAAAACCACCUCGGCGUCUUAUGAAGACCGCCUUCAGACGUUCAUGCUCAAUUUCAAAAAGAUGCCCGAGCCGGAGUUUGACCGUAUCUGCAAGGCGAUCUAUCCUGCGCAGUUGAUGUCUGUUGACUACGCGGGUGAAAGAGAGCGAGGCGUAGCAGAAAUCUAUAUCGAUGAUUUCUCGAAGAUCCUACCGGCCUCUGGAGAUGCUAGCAUUCGGUACCCUCCCCUGAUGCAGAAAGUCCUCGCCGACUGCCGGCUCGACAUCCCCGAGUCCGCAGAGUUGCUGGACGACUAUAAUCGCAUUCGUCACCUGAGUCGCAUCUAUCACCUCAUUCUCUUGAUCUCCCCGGAUCGCAGCCAGAUCAAGCAAGAAUGGAUCGACGAGACUCUUGGCCAACACGGAGAGAAAUGCAACAAGAAGGCGGAAAGCGGUCAGAAGGUUACCGCGCGUCAAGAGCUGCACCUCACUCGCGACGAGUUGCAGAAUCUCUUGAACAAGCUGCGCGCCGCCGACACGAGCAACCGUGGCUAUGCACUUGACGUCCUUGUCUCUGCAUUGUACAGCUGCAAGGUCAAGCGGCCAGCUCCGAACGCUGACGAGAGAUGCCACCAACAAGGAUACCAAGAGAUACGUCCCCAGAACAGCUUCUUUGUAUUUGCGCGUGCAUUUGAGCGUUGCGUAUCCCAGGGCGAGAACAUCAGACAGACCUCGCUCCGGAU